AAGAAUUUCCUUAUAAUCUUUUUGGCACUACUAUAAUUUUCUUUUCUGCAAAUAAACGUGAGGUAGUUCUAGACUUUUAACAGGUGCAUCCAAAAAACUAUGGCUAUUUCCUACUUUAGCCUCCAAUUUGACCAGUAUUCAUAUACGAUGCUACUGGUUUAAGCUAUUAUGGCCCAAUUUGUUUUGCAGUGAGCCGAAAGGCCCAGAAAACAGUGUUCGGGCCCAUUUAUUAAAUGGAUCAGAAAGCUUAAAGACUCAAAAUUAUAUUGAAUCGAAACCCAACUCCCAAAAUCCAUAAUCUCUACUAAUUCUAUUUGUUCAAACGGUGCCGUCUAUAUUCCUUUUGAACGGCAGAGUUUCCCAUCCCUCAUCCCCAAUCCACUUCACUUGUUCUCUUUCUUGGCGUUCCUUCUCGGCAUGAUUUGAGCGUGAUGUUAGCUCAUGGCAUGUGGAACGGGAUCGAUGAUGUUACGACCUGUUUUAUCAAUAACGGAGACCGACAGCCCAGAAAGAUCAUGUUUGGCCCUCGCCCACAACUGUUGCAGUGAACCUCGUUUCAUCAGUCGGCAAAAUCCAAAACAAAUUGUCGUAAAGUCUGCGCCUUUUUCCCGGAGGAGUUUUCAGACAAGAAAGCAGGGGUGGAAAGUAGGCUUUGCAUUGGACACGGGCGGGAUUCCCAGUAAUGGUGAUGGCCCUGAUCUUGCCAGUAAUGGUGACGGCCCUGAUAUUGGACGCACUCGAUUGGGCAGAAUAGUGAGUGCAGGUGGAAGACAGCUACUGGAGAAGCUGAACUCGGCUAGGAAGAACUUCCCCGUGAAGAUAUUUCUGCUUCUUUUGGGUUUCUACACAGCAAAUGCAUUGGCAACAAUCCUUGGGCAGACUGGGGAUUGGGACGUACUGGUUGCAGGUGUAGUUGUUGCUGCCAUUGAGGGGAUUGGCAUGCUUAUGUACAGAAAGCCUCCUCCUCUAUCUGCUGCUAGAUUACAGUCUUUAAUUGGGAUGAUUAAUUACUGGAAAGCUGGAGUGUGCUUGGGCCUAUUUGUGGAUGCUUUUAAAUUGGGUAGUUAAACAUGCUUUUUGCCCCCAUUCUUGGUUGGUUUUCCUUUUUAUUCUGAUAUAAGAUCUACUGUUGACUGUUGUUUCUAAGCUCUUGUAACAUGUUGAAUUUUUCUUCAUUUCUUUCCUGUUGUAACCCUGAUUCCCAUUGGUUAAUUAGGUGUAAAUGUAUUGUAGGCUUUCUCAAAUGUAAAUUUUUUUUUUCAUAAAUAAAUAAAUAUCUGUUUGAUCAUGCA